AUGCGCCUACUCCUUCUCCUCCUUCCCCAGAUCACCAAUCCGUUCACGUACUACAAGACUUCGUUGGCAGAGUCUACUCUUCGCUUUCGUGACGACUAUCGCAUCCUCCACUUCAAGUACCGAGUACUUUUACAAAACCUAUCCCUUCAGCAACCCUCACUCGCCAGUCGCAGCUCCACGCGCGCAAGCAGCCAUCGCUUCAGUAUCUCAGCCCUAGCACCACGUGCCAGCUCAACCGAGACACAUCCCUUGUUGCAACAUUGCAUUCCAGCACUCUUCACAAUGCAAUUGUCUACUCUCAUCACCGCGGCACUCCUGCCCGCUGCUGCGUUCGCCGAUGUCGUCUACUCGACCUCGACCUCGACAACCACGCUCACCCACUACAUCACCCUGCAGAAGGUCAGCACGUCGACCGCCUUCACCUCUUACGCCGUGAACACGACUUCUCAGUCGUACUACCCGACCGGCUCAUGGUCCAGCGCUUCCAUCACUCUGCCCACCUCCACCUCCACCACCACUAAGGGACCUACCACAACUCCCUCCGUUGCUCCCACCAACGGCGCUGGUGUUCUUGGCACCGCCCACGUCGUCAUUGCUGGUAUUGCUGGCAUGGCUGUCGCUGCGAUGCUGUAA